AUGAUCUUGGCACUUAUUUGCAAACCCCUUCCUAUCACCACAAAUAUAGGAAGACAUUUAUUCGUUGAAAUAUGGGUGACUAUCUAAACCUUCCAAAAUCUCCAACUCAAUCAUCAUCGCCGCCACCACCACCGCCACCUCCGCCAUCAACCAGAUCAAACAUGCCCAUGCUAUACUACGGUCUCGUGGUUGUAGCCACCGCUGCCAUCGUCCUUGCCAUCUACAACCUCAUAAUUGUACGGUGGUGCGCCAUACAAUACCGCCGCUCACGAGAUACUAAUCAUCACUUCGGCCCCCGGAGAAACGCUGCCACCCGAAACAAUAACAUAUCACUGCCACCGUCUUCCCUCUCCCGCGGCGGUUCCACCGUAGGUUUGACUGCGAGUUUCCGAUACAAAAAAGAAAUUGAGGGUACUAAUAUUAAAACCCAGUUGGAUUAUGACACCGAGUGCUCCGUUUGCUUAUCGGUUUUUGAAGACGGCGAAGAAGUCAGAAAGUUGCCGAGAUGUAACCACUCGUUUCAUGCUUCGUGUAUCGAUAUGUGGUUGUACUCUCACUCCGACUGCCCACUGUGUCGUAACUCGGUGGUAGAGCCACCGCUACAUGCACCGUCGCACCUACCUUUAACACCACAACACCGGCAUACAGACUCGGCUUUAUCGGAGCAUUCACGGGAUGGAUUAUUAGAUAGAGCGAGCUCCUCUGUCUCUGUGGUUGGCAUUCGUGGGGCCUUUUCUAAGAAGAUUCUACAAAUUCUUUGAAGGGCUUGCACGUAAUUUUACAAAUUUAUCUCAUUAGUUUAUAAUUUUUUUUUCGUAAAAUAUUGAUAUAUGUAACAACUUGGCGGAUUUUGAUUAAUAAACAUUUUUAUAAAAAGUUGAUUUUGUUUGA